GCCCUUUUUCUCCCUCCCACCGCCAUCUUCCCUGCUGUCCACCUCCUGCUCUCCUCCUAAUCCUAUCCUAGCUUCUUUCUUUUCUUGCCCAACAACGACAAUGAGCGCCCACGACAACGAAGAACUCAUCGACUACGAGGACGAGCACGACGUGGUCACCAACGGGCCCCCAGCGGCGGCCGGCAAUGGUAGCGCAGUCGCAGCUCCUGCGGCUGACGGCGAUGGGGAGAAAGAUAAGAAAAACUUCUCGGGCAUUCACUCAACAGGAUUCAGGGAUUUCCUGUUGAAGCCUGAGCUGCUGCGUGCAAUCAGUGAUCUGGGUUUCGAGCAUCCCUCUGAAGUGCAGCAGGAGUGUAUUCCCCAGGCAGUCCUGGGAAUGGACGUGCUGUGCCAGGCCAAGUCUGGUCAUGGAAAGACGGCGGUGUUCGUCCUCGCGACUCUGCAGCAGCUCGAGCCGGUCAACGGCGAGGUGUCGGUCAUUGUCCUGUGCCACACUCGCGAGCUCGCAUUCCAGAUCAGGAACGAGUACUCGCGUUUCGCGAAGUACAUGCCCGAUGUCCGUGUUAACACGUUCUUCGGUGGCACGCCUGUGGUGAAGGAUGCCGACCUGCUCCGCGAUAAGAGCAAGUGCCCGCAUAUCGUGGUCGCCACCCCCGGCCGCCUGAACGCCCUCGUUAGAGACAAGGUCCUCGACGCCUCGAAGAUCAAGCACUUCAUACUGGACGAGUGCGACAAAAUGCUCGAACAGCUUGACAUGCGUCGCGAUGUCCAGGAGAUCUUCCGGGCGACGCCGCUACACAAGCAAGUCAUGAUGUUCUCCGCUACCCUGGCCAAGGAGAUCCGUAUCACUUGCAAAAAGUUCAUGGAUCAUCCUCUCGAAAUCUUCGUCGAUGACGAGACCAAGCUUACGCUCCACGGUCUCCAGCAGCACUACGUGAAGCUGGAGGAGGUGGCCAAGAAUCGGAAGCUGAACGAGCUUCUUGACACUCUUGACUUCAAUCAGGUCGUGAUCUUCGUCAAGUCUGUUGCGCGUGCAAUCGAACUCGACAAGCUCCUUGUAUCAUGCAAUUUCCCCAGUAUCGCGAUUCACUCCGGCCUCGCUCAGGAAGAGCGUAUCUCACGAUACACUGCCUUCAAGGCGUUUGAGAAGCGUAUCCUUGUCGCGACCGAUAUAUUUGGUCGUGGCAUCGAUGUCGAGCGUGUGAAUAUUGUCAUCAACUACGACUGCCCUCCUGACGCCGACAGCUACCUGCAUCGUGUCGGGCGUGCCGGCCGUUUCGGCACAAAGGGCCUUGCCAUCACCUUCGUAUCCUCGGAAAGUGACCAGCAGGUGAUGGCGGCUAUCCAGUCCCGCUUCGAGGUCGCCGUACCUGAGCUUCCGGAUCACAUCGAUCCCGCCAGCUACAUGACGUCGUAAUUCGCCGAGCUGCGGGCUCGCGCUGCUCUCGCACUUCUUUUCUCGCUGUCUCUGUCGUAGAAUACUGUCUCUUGUAACCAUAGUGUCCUGCCGCACCACCUCUCUCCUAGUCAAACGGAUGAUAUUCAUGGCGAUGCAUCGAGC